AAACCAAGUCCCCAAUUUUUUUCUUCAAAAAAUACGAAUAUAUACCCGCUAACCUCCUCAAAGGGGAGCAAUUCAGUCCUGAAUUCACUGAGCUCAAUCCGAUUGGAUAUGUGCCGGUGCUGGUUGACGGUGAUGUUGUGGUGUCCGACAAGUUUUGCUAUUUUGAUGCGUGCUCUAUGGAAAAUAAUUUUUUUUGUUUCUGUUUUGAUCGAGGUGGAAGAGGAACAGAGGCAGCGAACGGAGUGAAGUGCAGGGAGAAAAGGGAGCACUGGAGAAGAGAGAACAUAAAAGGUUAACGGUGUUAAUAAUUUUCUGGUUGCAUGUGAUGAGUUGGUUAUGAUUUGGCAAGAGGUGAUUACCUGUCAUUUUGUUAUUGGACCGGGAUACCACAUCAGCUGGUAUACACGGGACAUAGUAGACUUUCUCGUGGUGGGGGGGAGGAGGUGGCGCUACACCUUGCUUCAGUUUUGUUCUCAAAUCAUGGGUCUAGAUUUUCCAAGAAAAUUGUCCAACCAUUGUCAAAAUGAUAGGUUUUUGACAUACCAUUCAAUAUCGUUUUUGAUAUCAACACAUCACCGUCUGAGUUUCAUUCGGCGAUUUUCUUUAAACUUCAGUCCUAAUAGCUCUAGAGGACAAGAGAUUUUGUGAUAGCAUUUAACCUGGUCUCAAUGUGAGAAGUCUCAAACCUAACAGGCUAACUUUUGCGGGCUGAUUUGUUUCUAGCACCACAGAUUCAUGGAGCGAUUAAGAGGUUCAAUAUUGACAUGUUUCAGUUCCCUCUCUUUUCUCGGUUGAAUGAUGCAUACAGCGAGCUGCCGCCAUUUCAAGAUGCGAUGCCAGAGAAGCAACCAGAUGCUCCUCCACAUCAUUAGUCAGUUAACGUUGUCUUAUUUUCAGCAACCGUAUGGGAUUCAAUGGAUCUUUUAAAUAGGUGGAGAUCCGAAGUAGGGCUGCAAAAUUUUGUAGCUCUAUGCAGAAACUUUAUGGAAGUGAUGGAAUAAAGUUGUAAACUAUAU